UCUACUGUAGGUUAAAUUACAUAAAUGAUUUCCAGUUUGCUAAAAGAUAACUAAGCUCAAGCUAUAAUAUGUGUUAGUGCUAGAAAGACGACCUACCCCCUCAAUAUAUCCGAUUCAAUCCCAUAUGUUAUUUUCACUUUAGUUUUCCAGCUUGGAUGACAAAUAAUAGUGAAUUAAGUUUGAACUAGAGAACUCUUACAUUUGAGUUAAGUACAUUUUAGAGAGUGUAUUUGUUUUACACAUCCAGGGCUUUGGAUGGGCUGUAGGUGUGUGAACAGUUUACCCAUUUAAAAAAACACAUCAGUUAAAGAUGUAUAGAUGAGGCAGCUGCCCCAGGGUAAUAAGACUGGUUGUUUAAAGUUACAAUUUGAAGAAGACCACACUGGUGUGCUGUGACUGAUUUGAAGUAUACAACUAAAAAAGUAUUCAACAAAGUAUCUUUGAAAUGAACGUGCAUGUGUAUCAGAAGCUCUUUGUUGUGUUACUGUAUCUGACCUCCCCCCUGUUUCCCGUUCAGUCUCCCUCUCCCCCCUCUGUGUUCUAUUUUCUCCCCUCUGUGUCUCUGCAGCUGCUGCCUGUCCGUCACCCUGCAGGCUGGAUUUCUGUGGGUGAAAUCCCCCCCAGCUUCUUCUCUGUAGCAGUCGGCCAUGAAGCUCCAGCCUGCUGCUCUGAGCUCCGUGUUGCUGCUCGUUCUGCUCUCAGCUGAGUGCUGGUGCAGGAACGAGGAGGAGCGUCUGAUCAACUACCUGAUUAAAGAGCGAGGAUACAACAAAGAGCUGCGACCCGUAGAGAGGCAGCAGGACGCCGUCGAUGUUUACCUCGCGCUCACACUCUCCAACCUCAUCUCUCUGAAAGAGGUGGACGAGACUCUGCUGUCAAACGUAUGGAUAGAUCAUACGUGGACAGACUACCGCCUGUCAUGGAAUGUGACGGAGUUUGACGGCAUCGAUAUGCUGCGUCUGCCGACCAGCAUGGUGUGGCUGCCGGAGAUCGUGCUGGAAAACAAUAACGAUGCCCAGUUCGAGGUGGCGUACUACAGUAACGUCCUGGUGGAUCCCACUGGUCUCUGCUACUGGUUACCGCCGGCCAUCUUCCGCUCCUCCUGCUCCAUCAACGUCAACUACUUCCCCUUCGACUGGCAGAACUGCACGCUCAAAUUUGUCUCUCUGACCUACAAUGCCAAAGAGAUCAAGAUGCUUCUUAAGGAAGAAGCGGACGAAGAAUCUUCAUGGACGGUGGAGUGGAUCAUCAUAGACCCUGCCAGCUUUACGGAGAACGGCGAGUGGGAGAUUACUCACCGUCCGGCCAAGAAAAACACGUACAAACACAUCCCCAUGGAGAGCAACAAGCACCAGGACAUCACCUUCUACCUGAUCAUCAAACGCAAACCGCUAUUCUACAUCGUCAACAUCAUCAUCCCCUGCGUGCUCAUCUCCUUCCUCGCAUCCCUCGUCUACUACCUGCCGGCUGACAGUGGUGAGAAGAUGACCUUGUCCAUCUCCGUGCUGCUGGCUCAGUCUGUCUUCCUGCUGCUGAUCUCUCAGAGGCUGCCAGAGACUUCUAUGUCUGUUCCGCUUAUCGUCAAAUAUUUGAUGUUCAUCAUGGUGUUGGUGACGGUGGUGGUGUUGAACUGCGUGGUCGUCCUCAACCUGCACUUCAGGACCCCGAGCACACAUGUCAUGUCUGAUUGGACCAAGAAGUUUUUCCUCGAGCGGCUGCCUCGCAUCCUUCGCAUGUCCCACCCGACGGAGGCGGAGCCAUACUGGGAUGGAGCGUUGCCGCGGCGAACCAGCUCUGUGGGCUACAUCGCCUCGGCGGAGGAGUACUACAGUGUGAAGUCUCGCAGCGAGCUGAUGUUCGAGAAACAGUCGGUGCGGCACGGACUGAUGACACGAGCCGCACACUCAUCAGUUGUGAAGCCACAGGCUGAUGACAGUGUGACGGAUCAGCUGUAUGCGGAGAUCAAGCCGGCAGUGGACGGAGCGAACUACAUCAUCAAACACAUGAGGAACAAGAACGACUACAACGAGGAGAAGGAUAACUGGAGCGGUAUCGCCCGAACGGUGGACCGUCUGUGCCUCUUCCUGGUUACCCCGGUGAUGACCAUGGGCACCGUCAUCAUCUUCCUUAUGGGCGUCUACAACACCCCCCCCCACCUGCCCUUCCAAGGAGACCCCUACGAUUACAGCGAUGAAAACCCUCGCUUUCUGUGACACACACACACACACACACACACACACACACACACACACACACACACACACACACACACACACACACACCUCCUGUUUUCUCAAUUAUUUCAGUUGGACCACCUGAGUAGCUGUGUGUGACUUAAUCAGUGUAUUAGAAUUUAAAUACUUUGUGAUUUGAAUAAAAAUGUAAACCUAAA